CCAAAUAAAAAAAAAAAUCCCCAACCCCCACUACCAUGCCUCAACCCCCCCGCCCCUCCAUCGUCGACUGCCUCAUCAUCGGCGCCGGCCCCGCAGGCCUCACCUCGGCCCUCGCCUUCGCCCGCACCCUGUCCACGGCCCUCGUCUUCGACUCGUCCUCGUACCGCAAUGAGGGCAUCGCCCACAUGCACACGGUCCCCUCGCGCGACCACAUCGACCCCUACGAAUUCCGCGCAAUCUCGCGCUCGCAAAUCACCUCGCGCUACGCGACCGUCUGGUUCGAGGACGCGACCGUCGUGCAGGCGCGGAAGAAAUUCCUAACCCUGAAGAGUGCGCAUCUAGGGUCGCGAGAAAGAGAGUACGACGGUUUCGAAGUCGAAGAUUCGACGGGGAAGACGUAUCAGGGCAGGAAACUCAUCCUAGCGACUGGUUCGCAAGACGUCCUGCCCGGUAUACCCGGGUACGCCGAGAAUUGGCCCUCGCACAUCUACCAGUGUCUUGCGUGCGACGGGUUCGAGCUGAGGGGUCGACCGAUAGGGAUCCUCGAGUUCAAGUCGCCCAUGGCGCAGCAUUUCGUCUUCAUGGCGAAAAACUUCUCUUCCAGCGUUACCAUUUUCGCCAACGGCGAGGUCGAAAAAGAGAAUGAGGCGGUAAAAAAGGCGUUGAGUGUGUGUAAGCAGUGGGGGGUUGGUCUGGAUGAGAGGAAGAUUACGAGGAUGAUUCGGCAUGGUGGGGGGGAUGACGCGCCUGGGGGGAUUACGUUGGAGUUUGAGACCGGGGGACCCGUCACGUUGGGGUUUCUGGUGCAUAAGCCGCCGACGGUGAAUCGCGCCGGGGAUUUGAUUAUGCAGUUGGGGGUCGAGACGGCGCCGGCGCAGAUGGGCGGGAAUGUCGUGGUCAAGGAUAUGUUUAAUGAGACGAGUGUGAGGGGCGUGUUUGCCGCGGGAGAUACCAUGACGCCGUUGAAGCAGGUCACGGUGGCCAUGGCUGAGGGGUUGAAGGCGGCGGCGGGCGUGGGGAAGCAGAUUGGGGAGGAGGAGGCGUUGGAGGCGUUGAGGGCGUUGGAGGGUGCGGAGGGGGAGUAGGAGAGGGUGAGGAGGGCCGUGGUGGAGUAAGAGAUUCAUUAGUGCAAGGUACAGUUGUUGAAAGUCAAUGAUCCAGUGCAUGUAUCCGUCCGUUGAGAGUUGUGCUCAGACGUCUCAAGACACUUAGAGGCGGUAAUGCAUGACGGCCAAUGCAAUAGUAUAUUCAGAUAUGCCUAGGUGUCUGGCUAUCUAUUCUAGGGCGGACUGCCGUAUUGUUGGUGGAGGCGCACAACAGGAAGUGACUGACGGGGAGUGAACAAAAUAAGGGUCGAAAUACGUGUAGCUUGGAGAUUUCGGAGCCAGUGUCUAACAUUGACGGGAUUUCCAUAUUAGCUCCAUAGAACCGACGAAGGUUCCCACUGAGGCUUACAGACAGAAGAUGGUUGUGAUGGGUUGUUCGCACUUCCUGGUCCGCACCUGCUGUGCCUUCUACGCCCGCAAAGUGCGUAUGGCCGCCUAGUGCGCGAACAUGCCAGUGUCG